AUGUGUUGGCCCGACAGGAGAAGCUUCAAGCUGAGAGAGCUGCGGUUGCAGCGUUUCAGAGCUCCCGUCGGCAAGCAGAGGUGCUCCAAAUCUUGGCAAGGAAAGCCGCGGGCGCGAAAAAACUUGGGACGGAAAGACAAUGAGCACAUGUGA